UUUUUCACGAUAUGUGAAGGCAAGUCUGCCUUUGCACUGGGCCCAGAUAAUUGUUUAACACGAAUGAGUAGCUCCUAUAAAUUUGGUGAAUAUCAAUGUUUUUUUCUCUUCUUCUUGAUUGUCACCUUAGAUUAAAUUUGAUUUUUAAAAUAUUUUCUGCGUAAUAGUUUUACACCAUUAAAACAUUUCAGUGUGAACUUUUCAUUUAUAAUGGUUUCUUUAUUUCUUUUAAUGUAUGUGACUUCACCGUUUAAAUAUUAUUCAAAUUUCUUUGGACAGUUUUUACACGGAGCCUUGUUGAUCAAUUUUAUAAUCUGUUUCACACUCUCACAGUCCCAACAAUUUACACACAGAAAGGUACUCCUUUGUCUCGUCGCUGUUCACCUUGAAAACAUACUCCACCAUAAAAGAAUGUGGUCUCGCCAUGAGACACUCGGAGUUCUCUUUAAAGCAUUCAUUUCAGUAUCUCACUAUGGAAUACGCCUCUCUGCAUCCUCAGUCCUCAGAAGCCUUCAUUUCAAUAUGACAAUUUUUUUGGCUACCUGAGAUACUCGGAUAAAGUUCCAGCUAACAACUCGACUGCUGGGCAUUCACUUACUGGAGGCCAUUCUGAGCCUUUUUCUUUACUGUAGAGAGUCUCUUUUCAAGGAACACAGAGUUUGGCUGCCUCCAAACAACAUACUCACUCAGGAGCGAAUGACCUCGAGUUAGUGAACAAGCUGACAGCAGCUAGCCCUUGACCUCAGUUGCUAGUCUCCAACAACCUACCAAGUGAAAGUUUGCAAAAAAAAAAAGUUUUCGCUAUGGUGGACACAGAUCCAUUCCAUGCCAGGGAAACAGAAAAACCUCACCCUCAAGGGUAUACAUGUGGCAACAAGAUUUCAUGCACGGACACUCAAACCAAAUGAACUUUGUCUCUCAGGCUGCGACAUGCCCAAGCCUCGCUAAACUUUUGCAAGCAUUGUGCUGGCCUCUACCUCUGAUGUAGACUAGCAUGCCAAACCAGCUUGUUGGACAAAGACCAAUUGCUCGGCGUCACAAAAGGUCUUUCAGCAAUGGGUAAGGUUAAUGCAGAUCCACAACCAGUGCAAGCUGGUGAAAUCAGGUCUGUGAAGCCAACCUGCUAGUGGGGAUGGUCAGUGAGGGCCUUAUGGUCACGGCUUGAACCCCUGCAGAGGCAGAGGAUGAGUCUGACUCACUCUGUGAAUCAGAAGGUUUAUUUAUGGAUGAAUCCACCUUCAUCCCAUCUACUCAGAUUGCCCAACCAAAUACUUCAGGGACCAACACCUGUGAUGAUGAUAUCACCCUGCCUCUUAACAUGGAUCUUCAGGAUGUGUGCAAACAUCUUGCAGAGGAUCUGGGCAUUCCCUGGGCUAGUGCACUCAAAGAAACCACCAGUUUCACAAAGGGAAGUGGCUACCCAAAGACAAAUGUACAGCACAGCAACUUCUGCCUAUCUUCCCAGUUUGCAAAAAGGAAUAAACCUUUUUCUGUCAAAAACUCCAUCCUCGGGUGUUCUGUGCUGGAUUGUGUGGACAUGGUGGAAAACACAAUUUCUCACCUGCCUCCAAAUGAACCAGCAGUGGCACUCCAUCUCCAUCCAGGCCUAAAGUCUAUAACAGCAGCUGGCCCCUCCCCCCCUCUCCAAUAAAAUUACUUUAAGUCCUCUAUGACAGACAAUGGUGGCUGUUACUGGUCAGUCACCAUGGCAGAGAGAGCUCUCAAUGUCUCCCCCAUACUUAUGGCAUAACAGGAUGAGCUAGAGCUGGACAUGACCUGUAUCAUAAAUGACUUGUCUCUAAGCCUGCAUUGCUGAGGUGUCCAGGCAUCUGGAAGGACCUUACGCAUCAUGUUGGCAUAGGAGAGAACAUGGUGGCUCAACCUCUCUAGCUUUUCUCACAAAGAGAAAGUUCAGCAGCUGGAUGUUCUAGAGGAUCCUAAGGGCUUGUUUGGCCCUGUCGUAGCCUCCAUGCAACAGCCCUGUGAGGAAAAGAAAAGACAGGGUGAAGCUUUGCAGGUAUGCUCCCCCAGGACAACACAGUCUUCCUCACUCACUGGUUGUGGCCAGACCUUUGCACAGGAGGCAGAUCACUGACCCUCUGCCUUUAGGAUCUGAAAUGCCCCAUGGCAACACAAGCAGGACCCACAAGUCAAACCGGGUAUUAAGAAUGAUAGACAGGGAAUAAAGGCUCCAAUUUGCUGUUGCUCCACCCCAAUUCAAAGACAUAAUAUUUUUUAAAGGCUCGGGACAAAUUAGCUUGAGUCCUCUGGGAGGAAAUAUCCUUGCUGUUGGACAAAAGGGCAAUCAGAGUAGUACCUCCUGAAGAAAGCCAGUCUAGUUUCUACUUGAGGUAUUUUCUAGUCCCAAAAAGGGAGGGUGUUUAUGGCUGAUUUUAGACCUGCACACUCUGAGUAUGCACCAUUCACAAUGCUGACGCAUGCAACCCUGGUGUGUUUUGUACAGAAAGCCAACUGUUUCACCUCAGUCGAUCUAGAAAAUGCAUAUUUUCAUAUCCCUGUAUAUCUUCCCCAUAUAUAGCUCCUGACAUUCACAUUUCAGGACGUGACAUCAAAUAUUUGGUGCUCCCUUUCAGGAUCUCACUGAGCCCCCGAGUGUCUGUGAAAUGCUUCGAGGUGGCCACAGCACCACUCAGGAUGAAGGGCAGCUGUCUGGCCACUUAUAAAGAUGGCUUGCUUUUAGCAGCUUGGUGAGAACAGGAGACCUUUGGUCACACCAGCACGCUCACAGACCAUCUAAGUGCUCUAGGUUUUCAUGUAAAAAUGUGCAAGAGUGUUCUGACUCCAACUAAUCCUAGACUCGAAAUUGUUCAGAGUGAGUCUUUCAGUGGAAUGCAUAAUGCAUUCAGGGAGUGACCGGCCCAUUUUUUUUAUAGGGCAGGACCUCACAUUCAAAAUGUGCCUCAGGCUACUGGGCUUAAUGGCAUUGGCUCUCUUGGAGACUCGGUUAGGCCACCUGUACAUGAAAGAGUUUCAGUGAUAGAUGGUUUCAUUCAGAUUAGACCAAACACACCACAGCUACUGUUGCGUGUUAGUUACAGCAAGUUGUGCAUGGGCGCUGCAUCCAUGGAGGCAAUCAGCUUUCCUGACACAGGGAGUUCUGAUGGUCAUCACACUGUCCAUGAAGGUUAUCACAUCAGAUGCAUCUCUAUGGGGCUGGGGAGCCACUCAUGAAGACAGGACAGUAAGUGCGGUGGGGGAUUCACACCUGCAGGUCACUCACAUAAAUUAUUUGGAACUCCUAGCUGUUCUCCUAGACCUAAAGCAUUUUCUACCAUUCUUGAGAAGGUAUUAUAUUCUUGUCGGGAUGGACAACGCCAUGGUGGAAGCUUAUAUCAACUGCCAAGGAGGAAUGCAGGCCUGUCACUUGCACAUGCUGGCACACAAACUGACAAUGUAGUGAGGAGUGCACUUUCUAUCUCUGAAGGCAGCUCACAUGCCUGAGAUUUUAAAUUGAGGCCCGGACCUAUUGUUGAGGGGUGGCCCUCAUUGUGGGUAAUGGAAACUGCACAAACAGGUGGUGGAUCAGAUAUGGAUGCACUUUGGGAAAGUGGCCAUAGAUCUUUUUUGCAACAAAGGAAAAUGCUCAGUGCCCUCUGUAUUAUUCCGUGAUCAGUCAGGACACACCUAUGGCGGUGGAAGCAGUAGCUCACCCUUGGACAUAGUUUCUCCUGUACAUGUUCCCACUGCUGGCCCUAAUUUCACCAACAUUGGCCAAGGUGAGAGAAUAAUUGUUAUCACUUACCCCGAUAGCCCCAAACUGGCUGGAGAAGCAUUGGCUUACAGAGAUAAUCUGAUUGUUGUGAGGGCAGCUUUGGCCCCUCCCACUACACAGGGACCCCAUCUGGAACAUCUGCUACUCUGGGCUUGGCCUGUGUGAGAUCCAACCCGAUCACUGCUGGACUCCCCAAUAACAUCAUAGCUACCAUUCAGAAUGCCGGGGCUCCAUCUAUUUACUCCCUCUAUAGGAAUAAAUUGGUGGCGCAUUUUCAGUGUUCAGUCCCAGCAAUUUUAGCAUUUCUACAGAGCCUUUUCGAGAUGGGCAAGGCAUUUUUCACUAUUAAGGGGUACUUGGCCACAAUCUCCACUUGCCAUGUGGGAUUUGGAGAUUGGACGGUGGGCCAGCAUCCCAUAGUAGUAUUCACUCAGCUAACUAACAAAUUAAUAAUAUUAAACUAAUAUAAUGCUUAUAUAAUGAUCAGAAUUACAUGGUUAAACUUGGGUUUACACUAUAUAGUUACAGGCUCAAUUAUACUGUAUAACGUUCUGUAGUUUAGAGGUAUAAUUAGAACAACAAUAUAACACAGCAGAUCCUGUUCUGUUCCCAAACUUGAUUCUGAACAUCGAUAUUUGGAUGAUUUUGAGUCACUCUAAUCAUGAAAUAUUCCGUAGUUCACAGAUGCUAUCAGCAUAAUAUAGUAGAGGACCUCCCUUAUUGUGAUCAUAUUAAAGUGGAUCCAAAUUUACUGUCAGCUUUUGGAGAAAAUCCACCUUAAACUUAGUUUUUGCAACUAUAUUAUAGACAUCAAUCACUGGUAUUCGGUUGACUCUAAUUAUGAAAUAUUUUAUACUUCACAGAUGCAGUUAGCAUAAUAUAGUAAAGGACCUCCCAGAGUGUGACUGUACUAAACUUGACCCCAUUUUUCUGUCCAGUUGUAGAGAAAGCCCACCUUAAACUUUACUAUAUUGCUAUAUUAUUGACAUCAAUCACUGGUAUUCGGGUGGUGCUAAUUAUGAAAUAUUGCAUAGCUCAUAGGUGCAAUCAGCAUAGUAGAGGACCUGCAAUAGGUGUACUUAUUUUUUCACACCUGGUUUCUGAAUGGCUUACUUUUUUGGGGAAAAAAUGACGACAUUGAAAUCUGUUGUGCUUCUUUUGUUGUCACCUGAGGUUAUUUGUUUGUUUAUAGACGUUGGUGAGUACAACACAAUUGUUAUUUAGGUCCUGAUAACUAAAAACAUGAAAUUGAAGUAGGAAGUACUUUCUUUUUCCCACGACUGUAACUGAACCUGCAACUAUAUGGCCAAGUUUUACCAUGUCUUUUUGAUACAGUUGAGCAUUAUAAUAGUUUAAUAUUUGACCUGGUGGAGCAAAUUAAAUAAAAAAAUAAAAAUAAAAUAUGUCUGUGCACACUAUUAUACUUCCUAUUCCACAAAGUUUUUCAAAAACUGAUAUUUAACCCCAGACAUUAUCAGACAGCAGCUUUAUUACAUUGAAAAACUGUAGUCAGUGUAAGAUAAUAUUUAAUACAUAAUGCAUUAAUGCAUUUACAUAAUUAUGAGUAAUGUGUAUCUUAGAGUUAAAUUAAUAAGCCAAUCAAUUACAGUGCGUAUUUUAUUUUCAUUAUUAAAAAAUGCAUUUUGUAUAGGACCCUUUUGGCUUUCCAUAUUCACUGCUCCGCCUCGGAUACAUUUUGGUGUCUGAUAGCGAGACCAAGAAACUUCGGGGGGUAAAACAUCAGUCGUCAUGUCAGUUCUGUAACAUAAAAAGCAAGAACGCAGUCUCAGCUUCCUGGACCUCACGUUCUUUCAUCUGUCGUUAGUUAGUUCAUUUUAUUCUCUUAUUCUUUUCCGCGGAACUUUUUCCUCGAAAACCUCUUAUCUUCUCAGGACAUUCUUUGAAUUUUCUGAUGACGUAACACGCGGAGAUGAUGAAAAUGGAUGCCAGUAAGAAUGUUAGUUCUUGGUUACGGGACGGUUUGUUUUUCUGUCUGCUGUCCGUUCUCUAUACAUCAGCGUUUACUGUCUUACGGUACUCGAUUCCCGAAGAAAUGGAAGAGGGGUCCGUAGUUGGAAAUUGGGCAGCAGAAUUGGGCCUGGAUUUGAAAAAGCUCGGGGAACGGAAAAUGCAUUUGGACGUUGUAGCUAACAGGAAAUACGUAGACGUUAACAAAGACACGGGUGAGAUAUACAUUGUAGAGAGGAUCGACAGAGAGCAUUUGUGUACACCAGAAUCGGUUAUGACGUGUGUUCUGCAGCUGGAUACCAUAAUAGAAAACCCUCUUGAACUUUUUGUCAUUAAAAUUGAGAUAAUGGAUAUUAACGACAAUGCCCCCCAUUUUAGAAGGGAUGUUAUGCACUUGGACAUAUCAGAGGCAACUAGCGUGGGGGAGAGGUUUUCCUUGAGUAAUGCUGUGGAUCCUGACACUGGAACAAAUUCAGUUAAAACAUACUAUCUGAGUGAAAGUGAUCAUUUCAAUAUUGAGAUCCAAACUGGUCAAGAUGGAUCCAAGUUUGCUGAUUUGAUUCUAAAAAAAGCUUUAGACAGAGAAGAGCAGACAGUUCAUAAUCUGAUACUCACUGCUGUAGAUGGCGGAGUCCCUGCACGCUCAGGAACAGCUAAUAUUAUUGUUCGUGUGCUGGAUACAAAUGAUAACUCCCCUCAGUUUGACAAAGAAAGUUACACCAUAAAUCUCAUGGAAAACUCACCCACUGGAAGCCUUGUAAUAAAAUUAAACGCAAGUGAUAAAGAUGAUGGAUCGAAUUCAGAAAUUAUUUAUUCUUUCAGUGUGUAUACCUCUGAAAAAACACAGAGAACAUUUAGUUUGAAUCCAGAAAACGGAGAAAUCAGAGUGAAAGAGAUGAUAAACUUUGAAGAUUUCAAGAUUUUUAACAUGGAAAUUAUAGCAACUGAUAAAGGAACAAAUUCUUUAACAGGGCAAUGUAAAUUGACAAUUUUAAUAACAGAUAUGAAUGACAAUCAUCCGGAAAUUUCAGUAAUGUCGUUUACUAGUCCUGUUAAAGAAGAUGUCACUGUAGGUACAGUUAUUGCAGUUGUUAGUGUGAAUGAUAAAGAUUCAGGGGAAAAUGGACAAAUAGACAUUCACAUUUCUUAUGAACUACCGUUUAUGCUCAGAAACACAUACAACUAUUAUGAGCUCGCAGUUUCAGAACCACUGGACCGUGAAAAGAUUGCAGAAUAUGACAUAACAUUUACUGUCACUGACAAAGGAAACCCUCAAUUAUCUGAUAAUGAAACUUUAACUCUAGUACUGCUGGAUGUUAAUGACAAUGUCCCACAAUUUACAAAAUCAUAUUAUACCAUACAAGUGAUGGAAAAUAACCCACCCGGGGCAUUUCUGGGCUCCGUCAAGGCACAUGAUCCAGAUCUCCAUGAAAAUCAACAUAUUGUUUAUUUUAUACCAGAAAAAGAUAUACUUAUGUCCAGGCCGUCCGUGUCCAUGUUCUUCUCGAUUAAUCCAGAGAACGGUAAUCUUUACGCACUAAGGACAUUUGAUUAUGAGAGAGAGAAGGAAUUUCUUUUCCAUGUUGAGGCCAGAGAUUCUGGUGUUCCUCCACUCAGCAGUAACGUGACCAUUCACAUUAUUAUCGUGGAUCAGAAUGACAACACUCCGGUUAUAGUGUCUCCAUGGCGCGCGCACGGCUCAGUGGUGGAGGAGAAAAUACCGAGAUCCACUGAUAAAGAAACUCUGAUAGCCAAAGUAAUUGCUAUAGAUGCAGACUCUGUGCACAAUUCCAGGAUUACUUACCAAUUUCUCCAGAACACUGAUGCUACAUUAUUCAGUCUGGACCAGUACAAUGGAGAGAUCCGGACCACGAGAAUGUUCAGUUACAGAGACUCACACCACCAGCGGCUGGUGGUUAUCGCCAAGGAUAACGGAGAUCCCUCUCUCUCUGCUACAGUCACUAUCAAACUGUCCACGGUGGAGACCGUGAAUGAAACCUAUGCUGACAUGACUGAAGUGCCUUUAGAUUAUGACAUCUUUUCAGAUUUAGACCUGUAUCUUGUGAUCGGACUGGGCUCAGUGUCAUUCCUGUUACUCAUCACCAUAUUGGUGACAAUCGUGAUGAAGUGUCAGAAACCGAAGCCCAGUAAAGCUGCUCCUCCCUGUAGGAACAGUGUGAUCAGUGAGAGGAGCUCUACCAUUGCAGAUUCCACCCUCGUCUCCAACAAUGCCUCCUGGUACAAUCUGUGUCUAGCAGGGAAUAGAAAAGGAAAGCUGGUAGUUAGACAACCUGUGCCAAAGGGGACAAGAUACACUGUGUCUAGUAUACCGAGGAGCACAGGCCUGACUGAGACUAGUGACUUGGCCACAUCUACUCUAUAGUACUCAAAAUGAGAGAUGUCCCUUCUCAUGCUGGAGGCCUCCACCACCACCAGUAGCAGUUCCUCGUGAGGCUUCAUUCCACCUCCUGUUGCUCAAGUGAUGCUGAGAAGAAUCUGAUCUACAAAAAUGGAGCAUCUAAUUCCUGCCCAACUAUUUUCUGAUUUAGAACAUGUGUCUCUACUUGGAGUCUUUCUAAUUGCACCAGAUGUACUUCCUCUUUGCUUUUCGUUUGCAUUAAUUCUUGAAAUCUAACACAGCUGAAUGGGAAUUUUGUUAUUUCUGGUUGUGACUGAUGGAUGUGCUUACCUAGUAAAGGAUAUUCCCACCCUCACUUUCACCCUUUUCAGAACAGUCAGUGUGUUUAUUGCAUUGGGCUCCAUGCAUGGAUCUGCAUGGCUAUACAGACGUUUGUUCACUUUAUAUGAACUUUUUGGACUUUUCACUGUUUGACACUUCAAAACAUUCAAGUGAGCUUGGGGGAAGCCUAAAAUGCACAUAAAAUGAAGAACAACACAAAGAAGCACAAAGAAAUGUGGAUAAGGUCAUAGGACCCUAAAAUUGUGCAAGUGGUGAUAACCUUGUAAUGGACUUCUUCACCUUUUUUCUAAUGGAUGUCCAAUCUUUUUUGUGUUUAAUGGAUCCGUAUCUAGGAAGGUAAUAUGACCAAAGGGAAAACUGAGAAACACCACCACAACAAUUGUCAAUUAAAACCAUUACAGUAUAAAUGGGAAAUGAACUCUUUGUGCUGUUUACUCUGUGUGUUAUACGAUAGAUGUAUUGUUGUUUUUGCUGAUUUUAACCUAUGACAAAAAAAUCACAAUAAAUUACACAAAUCUAUUUUACACACACAUUUAUAUAAUUUGUAUUGCAUCACCAAAAAAUAUAUAUUCAUUCAUCAGAAAUGAGUUAUUAGUCACUUGCUUUCCAACUGAAUUUUAACCCAUUUAUUAGCUUUUUUGCCCUUUGCUCAUAUAGUAUCCCAGCUCAAGUGGACUCUUUUAGGUUAAUGGUUUUCAUUCUACAUGAGUAAAACCUAUAAUAUACACAUGCACCUAUAUCAAUUUCAUAUUGCAUUUAUUUUAGUCAUAAAUUUAGAACACGUUUAGUGUAAAUAAACACAUUAACACAUAUUAAACCGAAUACAGUAGAAAGGCAUAUAGCUUGCAUUGUUGUGACCAUUCUGAAUAUGACCAUUUAAACUAUCUUCAUACUAUUCUAUAGACUUUACUGCAAUAUUAUAGUACUAAGUGAAAAAAGACAACUACAGCAAGGUUUUCAUGUUUGAUUUUAUGGUGUUUGGUUUAUACAAAUUAUUUUGUUUGCAUUACAGUUUUGCUAAAAAUCUAUAGCUUUGUUAUCCUAUUGAAAGGUUUUGAGCUGUUUUAGUUGUUUGAAACUGAUUCAAUGUUAUUUUGUGAUUUAUGACGUUAAAGGUUUUUUUUUUUUUUUUUUUUGGUAAAGUGUUACAGUGGUGGUGCAUUAUUUAACUGGCUGUGUGUUAAUCUAUAAUAUGUACUGCAUCAUUUUCCUACUCUGUAGUUGUUCUAAAUUCUCAGAAAUCGCUUAUUAUUUGUGAAUAACAAUCAGAAAAUUCUUACUAAAAUAUAUGCAGGGUUCUGAUGACUUCCCCAGGCAGGACAAACACACCAAGGGGUUAUAAGGCCAGUAUAUUACAAGACAUACUAACAUGUGCAAUUCAUAGAUAGAAAGGCAUGAGAGGGUUUCAGUAUGAACUAUCGAGAGAGAGAGAUAGAGAGAGAGAGAGAGUGAGAGCGAAUAUGCACUCUUUCUUCAACUCUCUUCAUUGCAGUGCUGUGUGUUGGCAUCAGAUCUCAUUCAUAAAAACACAUGGCCUCUGUUCAACCCCAGCUGGUUCUGCCUAGGAGGAAUUUCACCAGAUUCUGUCUAACCUCCUAACCUUAGUCUUCAGCUUUAUUACUGUGUGUACAUCAUAAUAAACAGAAAAUAUCUGUGGUCUGUUAAUUUUUAUGAAAAGGUAGAUAUACAAAAUAGUAUUCAUUGUGAUGAUGCAUUGAAUUAGUGAUGCUUUUUUUAAUUAUUACAGCUAAUAUAAUGCAAGCGCUACAGGUACAUAGGAAAUAACCUGUAUAACCUGUGUGUAGUUUAAAUCAGAACAUGAGCAUUUGAUUUUGACAGCCUGGAUUUCCAUAGUAUUGUGUAUCUAUAAAGUAAGUAACUGAAAGUAAUGAUAACGACACAUCAGUACAUCUGACAACAUAAAAAGACAAGUGUUCUGUAUUUCUGCUGCAUGAUACAAUGCUGUGUUUUUUGUAUGUGUAUUUCCUGGGUGGGUGAUUAAAAUGAUUAAUCUAUAAAAAUCACAGUGAGCUGACUCACCAAUGUUUACCUUCUUUUGAUUACUUGUAUUUUUAUUAUGCACAUAAGUAAUUGCACAUUUAACUUGUAAGCUUGGUUUAUAUGAACAUUUAGAGCUGUGCUACUAACUGUAUUGCAUAACUCUCUUUUCCUGUAAUUGCAAAAGUGUAAAUAAAAUCCUUGAAAGGA